UAUGUGUGGGACAGAAUGCUGGGAGGUUUCAAACAUAAGAACAACAGGACCAGAGAAGGAGUGUGCCUUUGCCUCAUCGCCACGUUGAGCACAUACGGAGCUCAAGGCCUGACGCUCAGUAAAAUAGUUCCCCACAUAUGUAACCUCCUCGGGGACCCCACGAGUCAGGUGCGUGAUGGAGCCAUGAGCUGCCUGGUGGAGAUUUACAGACAUGUGGGAGAGCGGGUGAGGAUGGAUCUCAGCAAAAAAGGCCUGCCACAGUCACG